AUGUCCCAAGAAGACGACUACACACAACCUUUCGAGGGCCAGCCCGAACAACAUCGCCUUAGUCUCGUCAGAACAGAAACUGCCAGGUCGUUGCAGACGUUGGGAGUAUCGCGAGAUAUCCCCUCGCGGGCUAUCAACAACCCCACAGGCACAGAACACCCCAUUUUCCCAGAAGAGUACACCUUGGAAACUGCCACCGGGUUAGUGCCCAUUCACCAAUUGCAGUCGUUGGGAAGAACCGUCACCAAGGAAGAAAAAGACACUGAUUCCUCUAGCUCAGUACCCUCUGAGGCCGAAUUUGUCACUUUCGUGGUGGACGACCCCGAAAACCCCCUCAACUGGGAUAUUCGUUUGCGUUGGUUCUACACCGUCAUCUACGCCAUAUUUGUGAUCUGUGCCGCCUACGGGUCCUCGUGUCUUGCCACUGGCCUCCCAACAAUUAACAAGAAGUUUGGCGUCAGCACCGAGGUCUCAACCCUUACCGUGUCAUUAAUGGUGCUAGGCUUUUGCGUUGGACCCUUGAUCUGGGCCCCCAUGUCUGAGCAAAUAGGCAGGAAACCAGUCUACGUGAUCUCGUUUGGGUUGUACGUGAUCUUCAACAUUCCUUGUGCUUUGGCCCCCAAUAUUGGUGCUCUCUUGGCCUGCCGUUUCUUGUGCGGAGUGUUUGCUUCCAGUGCGUUGACCAACAUCGGUGCCAGUAUCGUUGACAUUCAUUCCGAAACCCGUUCCUUGGCAAUUGCGUUCUUCUCUUUUGCUCCUUACUCUGGCCCUGUGUUGGGAGGUGUGGUCAACGGCUUCAUUAGUGUGGGAACAGGUAGAUUUGAUAUAAUCAUCUGGGUCAAUAUGGCAUUUGCUGGUGUGAUGUGGAUUAUCAUCAUCAUUCUCCCCGAAACCUAUGCACCAGCUAUUCUCAAGAAGAGAGCAAAGAAGUUGAGAAAGGAGACAGGUAACCAAAACAUCAUGACAGAACAGGAAGCCCAUCCAUUGACGUUGAAGCAAUUGAUCAACGACAAUUUAAUUAGGCCACUCAGGUUUAUCAUUGAGGAGCCAGUGUUGGACUUAAUGUGCGCUUUCGUUGCCUUGAUUUACUCGUUGUUGUAUGCCUUUUUCUUCGCUUACCCAGUUAUUUUCAACGAGUUGUAUGGCUACAAAGAUAACAUCAUUGGCCUCAUGUUCAUUCCAAUUUUGAUCGGAGCAUUGUUGGCACUUACAACCACUCCAAUUAUCGAAAAGAAAUAUGCCGAGUUGUGCAAGAGAAGAACCCCUACCCCAGAGGAUAGACUUAUUGGUGCUAUGAUUGGCAGCCCCUUCCCUUGUAUUGCUUUGUUCAUUUUGGGUGCAACUUCUUACAAGCACAUCAUCUGGGUUGGCCCUGCCUCCAGUGGAAUUGCUUUUGGAUAUGGUAUGGUUCUCAUCUACUAUUCAUUGAACAAUUAUAUCAUUGACACCUAUGCCAAAUAUGCUGCUUCUGCAUUAGCCACCAAAGUCUUUUUAAGAAGUUCGGGUGGAGCUGCAUUCCCAUUAUUUGUUACCCAGAUGUACCAUAGAUUAGGAUUACAGUGGGCUAGUUGGUUACUAGCAUUUAUUUCUUUGGCAAUGAUUGCCAUUCCCUUCAGUUUCUACAAAUACGGAGCUUCCUUGAGAGCGAAGUUGUGCAAAGAGGAUUAUACUUUAAAUUCCAAUUAA